UGAACUGCAACGGACGUUGAUCGUAAUUUGGCAUUUGGCAAUUUGGGAACCACAAACAGCCAACACCAGCACCACCAAUGACCCAUCUACAGCAACAGCAACAGCAGGAUCUACAACGGGAGCCACAGCAACGAAACAAUCACAGUCAGCACGGAAUUAUGGAUUUACGCAAUCUUUGCCAGCGUCUCGAUGUGGAGAGUCUAAAAGGCAAACUGGCAUCGCUGCCACAGUUGCGUUUGCCCAAAUCGUUGCCCAAAAUGCGCGCUGCGCGCCGCAUCUUUUGCAGUUCGCGAGGCAACAAUGCGAGCGGCAGCAACAAGGCUGCAACAACGGCAGGUGAGACUGCUGUAGAGACGGAGCAAGUGCCGGCGGCGCUGUUCAUCAAUCGGACACCGCAACGCAUAUCCACAAUUAGCUCACUGAUGCACGAGCAGGCCACGCUGGGCGCCAAUCGCGGACAGAUGGCGCCGUCAUCCUCCAAUCACCUGGCCGCUGGCACCUAUUGCAGCGCUGGCAGCCUUGAUGACGAUUACUAUGCGCCAUAUGGCAAUACACGCGUCUCCCGUCCAAUUAGUCCCAUUAAAAUACCACCACCACCAACAGCAGAAGCAGCUGCCACACGAAAUGGCGGCAAUAGUCUAACGCAGCGGCUGCAGCGCGGCUACAAGAAUCUGAGCGAGCUGCAGCUGAAGCAUCUGUUUGCCAAGGAGACGAUUGUACGGCGGGAUGGCAUCGAGGUCGAUCGCUAUGUGGAACAGUACGAGGCGGAGCGACGCGUUGAGAAACUGGCACAGGAGCGUCGAGAUCGCGAGAUCGCCGACAAUUAUGAUAUACACAUUAGAACGUUGCCGCUAACCAGGCAAAAUACGCUCAAGGAUCUGCAGCAAGAACAACUUGCAGAGACUGCUCGGCAUGAGAGUGACGAUGAGAGUGGCAUGGAGGAGGCAAUGUCAGCGCCAGUGCCACCGACGCAGCGUAAGAAAUCGGGCAUAGCCGCAACCAGGUUUGCCAAGGUGCGACAGCCGCCGCUGGAGAUGCCUGUGCAGGAGCAGCAGCAGCAUCAGCAGGAGCAGCAGCAGGAGCAAGGCCAGCCACCAAUACGUCGAGCGAUGCGUCAGAAUUUGAAACGUCUGCGCAAAUCGAUCAAGCGAGUGCAUCAGCAUCAACCCAAACAAGCCGUCGACAAGCAAGCAAGCAAAGACCGCGACGACGUCAACGAUGACGAGGAGGAGGACGGGGAUUUGCCUAAGCCAUCUCAGUCAGGCGUGGCGGGAGGAACAAUGCGUGCGCGUCUGCGUCGCUUCACGUCCAGCGAGCAGCUGCAACAGCGUUGGCGCAAAAGCUUUAAGAGUAGCAGCGAGACGCAGGUGGCCCAAGGAGCCCAAGGAGCAGCAGUUGGAGCAGCAGCUGGCGCCACAUUUGGCAUGGGCAUGAUGCACAAAUUGAACGAGAAGAUGCAGCAGCUCAAGUUCUUUCGGCAACGUGGCAGCGGCGACAGCAGCAAGGACAAGCCACCAGCAGCGACGCAACUGGGCGGCAAUAAACUCAACACAGUUGGUCAAGAGCCCGCGGAUAUUGACGACGACGAGGAGCUGGCGGCAACCUAUCACCACAGCGAUGACAGCGACGACAGCAAUGGCAGCGACGACAGCGGCCAGGAUGUGUGCGCCGAUGAGGCAUUCGGUCAGCUGGAUGCCGGCGAGCAAGUGAAACGGGAACGAGAAAGAGAUCGACCCACAAUCGGAAUGUUGGCGCAGCUGCAGGCGCACUCGACAACAGCUUGGAGCAGCGAGUCACUCGAGGAGGAGGAUGCGGCUUUGGGGGGCCAACAGCAGCUGGCAGCAGCAGGCGAUUAUCCGCGCGUGCUCAUCCAUCAGCAGCACACAGAUGCCUACGAGUCUACACUGAUAAUAGCUGUGGCCACAACUCUAACGCCGCCACCAACAAGAGACAAUCGACACCAAUGGGUGUCCAAUGAGCAAAUAAUCGCUGGCUUCAAGGAGCAACAGCAGCUGACUGCACAAGCGUGCAACUCGUCUCGCGUUUGGCCCGGACCGGCUCUGUACAAGCCCAAGAGCAUUGACAUCUUUGAGAGCGAAGGCGGUCCCGCUGGCGCCUUUGCCGACUUCGAUGAGGCACUGCGUAAUGCGCCCGUGCUGCGUAUUAGCGCCGGCAGCAGCGAGGAGGAUGCGGAUGACAGCAGUUCGCGUGUGACCAGAAUACGAAGGCAGACGCCUCAGAUUGGCAACAGCUGCGAAAGUCUCAUGGAGCAGCAGCCCCUGGAGGAGGAUGACGACAAUGACAACAAUGGUAAUAAUGAGGAUAUGGACAUGGAUAUGGAGAUGGAUGUGGAUGUGACUGUGGAUGAUGAGCAAUUGGAGCUAGCGGAACGCCCACCAUCGGUGUCUCCGCCACCGCCACCAUUGCCGCAGCGUCGACCUCCGCCGAGCAUGAUGGCGCCCAUUUAUGAUGCAGUGCCGCCGCCGCUACCCAUCAGCAAACCACCUUUGACAAUAGUAGCAGCAGCAACAGCAGCAACAGCAGCUCCAGCUCCAGCUCCAGUUCCGGUUGCAUCACCUGCAGCAGCCAAAUUGCCGCAACGCAGCGUUUCCAUGACGCAUCCGUCUAAGCCGCUUGUGAAAACCAGUUCGCUGCGUCUCACCUACAGGGAGCAAAUGCAUCCAGGCGAUGUGGGCAAAGUCAAUAAGCUGAUCUCACGUUUUGAGGGCAGACCCCGACUCUGUGGCCGCCGACUCCACAGCGAGGAAUUGACCAUAUGCAGCGAUGAGGACGAACCAGCCGACGAUCUUUUUGAGCAGAUGCAGGUCGAGUCUGUCAGUCAGCUAACGCCAACAAAUGUUAAGUGCAAACCGAUACCAGACAUUGUAACAACGCCAACACCAACACCAACAACCAGCAACAACAACAGCUGCCACAAUCUGAGCAGGGAUCUGUCCCGGGAGCAGUUGGAGCUGAGCUUGGAUCGCCAGAAUUCGAAUUGCAGUCGCAGCCAAUAUGGUUCGCCGCUUCCAUUUCCCAACAGCCAAAGUCAGCGGCGCAGCUCCACGCCCACAAUGCCCACCACUAGCAUCAGCAGCAGAUCGGCCAGAUCUCUGGCACCUCAAACACAUUCCCAUUCGCAAUCGCAACUGGCGCGAUCCAAUCGACGCUCCAUGACACGAGACGAUGACAACUUCUACAGCUUUGACAGCGAUGAAGAGAAUAGCUACUAUUCCAUAAGUCCCUCAAGCAGUAGUCGCUAUGUGGUCGAGAUUUGAUGUGCAAUGUGGAAUGUGGAACAAUCAGCAGGCUCAUCUCACUAAGCAACCAACUCAGAAAGCGAAUCAAAAAGAACAACAGCAGAUAUAGCAACAAAAAAAUUACUUAAAAACAAAUGCAAAAAAUUAAUAAUGGUUUAAGUACUUUAUUACUAUAAGAACUGUAGUUUUUUUUUUUUUUUUUUUUUUGACUUUUUUCGAAUUAGAUGCAUUAUCUUCCAACAUGCAAUCUUCAUCCGAAAAACAUAGUUUGCAGCUUAAUAUCAAAAGCUAUUAAAAUAAACACGAAUCACACAGAACACCCAGAAUUCGAUACUCUGUCGUAUAAAAGAAUUUUUUUCUUCUCCUACACCUUUAAAAAUAAACUUGAUUUUGAUCUAAGG